GCGCGCGGGGCGCGACCCGGCACUCGCCUGGAGCGCGCGGGCGCGGCGGGCGGAGCGCACGGAGCAGCCAGGCUCACCGCGGCGCGCUCGGCUCCGGGGCUCCGGGCAGCGGGCUGCGGAAGUGGCCAGGGCGCAGGGCUGAGCCAACGUCCCGGAAAGGCGGCUGCAGCUCCCGUGCGCGGCCCCGCUACUCCCCGCACCACCCCAGCGCCCGGCCACCUCCUCGCCAUGGCUCUGGCCAACAGCACCCGCGGACUACCCAACGGGGGCGGCGGGGGCGGCAGCGGCGGCUCCUCGUCCUCCUCGGCCGAGCCGCCGCUGUUCCCCGACAUCCUGGAGCUGAACGUGGGGGGCCAGGUGUAUGUGACCCGGCGCUGCACGGUGGUGGCGGUGCCGGACUCGCUGCUCUGGCGCAUGUUCACGCAGCAGCAGCCGCAGGAGCUGGCCCGGGACAGCAAAGGCCGCUUCUUCCUGGACCGGGACGGCUUCCUCUUCCGCUACAUCCUGGAUUACCUGCGGGACCUGCAGCUCGUGCUGCCCGACUACUUCCCCGAGCGCAGCCGGCUGCAGCGCGAGGCCGAGUACUUCGAGCUGCCCGAGCUCGUGCGCCGCCUCGGGGCGCCCCAGCAGCCCGGCCCGGGGCCCCCGCCGCCGCAGCCGAGGCGCGGGGUGCCCAAGGAGGGCUCGCUGGGCGACGAGCUGCUGUCGCUGGGCUACGCGGAGCACGAGCAGCAGCAGCAGCAGCAGCAGCCGGAGGGCGCCUCGGCCGGGGUGCCGUCGCCCACGCUGGAGCCGGCGAGCCGCAGCCCGUCCGGGGGCGCGGCGGGCCCGCUGCUCACGCCGUCCCAGUCGCUGGACGGCAGCCGGCGCUCGGGCUACAUCACCAUCGGCUACCGCGGCUCCUACACCAUCGGGCGCGACGCGCAGGCGGACGCCAAGUUCCGGCGGGUGGCGCGCAUCACCGUGUGCGGCAAGACCUCGCUGGCCAAGGAGGUGUUCGGGGACACCCUCAACGAGAGCAGGGACCCCGACCGGCCCCCCGAGCGCUACACGUCGCGCUAUUACCUCAAGUUCAACUUCCUGGAGCAGGCGUUCGACAAGCUGUCCGAGUCCGGCUUCCACAUGGUGGCGUGCAGCUCCACGGGCACCUGCGCCUUCGCCAGCGCGGACCAGAGCGAGGACAAGAUCUGGACCAGCUACACCGAGUACGUCUUCUGCAGGGAGUGAGCUCCCCAGAGCCCCCUCCCGACUCCAGCGCACCCAUUCCCCCCACCCCCCUCCUUCCUGCCCCCAGAGGAUGAUAGACUCCCCUUCCACCCACGCCCUCCUAUUCCCUGGUCCCCACCUCCAGUAGCUGGGCUAGUCCUCCUCAAACCCCCCCCUCCCCCCACUUGAGAACCUGGAGCCGCAAAUCCUUUCGGCCUUUUCGUCUUCUUUGGACCCCACUUAGCCGAGAGAGCCCAGAUAUACACUCCCUCCCCCUCCAUUGCUUCCUCUGCCCCCGCCUCAAGCCACCCCUCCCCCAGUUUGUCCUUCAGUCUGGAUCUAGUGGGGGCAGUGGGGUCCGAAGUGACCAAGUUCCUGGGGAUGAUGGCAUGCUCAGAACUUGAUCGGACCCUGUCCAGUGUCAAGCCCUUAUGACUCAUUUCCAGGUUUCAGAAAUGAAAAUGGAUAACACUGCGAAUAGUGUUUUUUCCGCCCCUCUUCAAAAGGUAGAGUUUCAGAAGGCUGGAUGAAAGACUGGACCUGGAAUUAGGACCCCAGGAAGGCAGUUCAGUGACUAUAAAUAUUGAAUCAAGUGUGGAAAAGUUACAGGUAGAUGUAGGAGAAGCAUCUAGUGCUGGCACAAUGAAGGAUCAUGUCUUCUCAAUGCAGAAAAAAGGCCUUCGCCUGUGGCUUAAACUUGUUACUUGGGGAAAGAAGUGACUUCCAGCCCGAGGAGGCACCCUUCUUUCCUCCGCUCACUCACUGCCUGAAGCCCGUGGUCGGACUGGUUGACAUGGCAGCAGUUCUUGGCCAGAGGGGGAGAGAGUCCUGCAGCUGACAGGGCCCGGACAGCCCAAGUCACCAAGUUCUUCGGGGGGGAGUCGCUGGGCUGUGACUCAGUGGAGCUGGGGAGUAGUGCACGUCCUGGGGAGUAGCAGAGUCCUAGUAUUCUUGCAGUGAAUGGCGGUAGCUCUUAAGACGUGGGGGGUGGGGUGGGGAGGGAGGAAGGUAAGAAGGAGGGAUGGGAAGGGAGGAAUAGACAUGCUCAUUUAUUAUUUGGAAGUUUGUACCAUCCGUUUGAGUACAUGCACAUUGAAAAAAAAGUACACAAAAAACAAAGCAUUUGAUACAGAUGAAUCUCUACUCUUCACCGGCAGUUUUAUUGAACUGUUUUGAGUCCUAAACUUAGAAGUUGCUAAUACUGAUGUAACCUAACCAAAGAGUUAUCCAGUAGGGUUUACGUUACUGAACUUUAUUUUCUGGUUGAUAACACAUCCUGAGGUGUGUUUUUUUUAUUUUUUAUUAUUUUUUAUCUGUUUACUUGAGCAAACAAAAUAUGUUUGAUUUUUGGUUACUUAGACUUAACAUCUCUUAUUUAAAAAAAUAACAAAAACCACCCUUAUUUUCUCCCAGCCUAGUCAAUGUUGACUUCUGGGCAGACCUGAAAAUUAGAAAAUGCCACUUCUUUUAUGUGGAUUAUUUGAAGCGAAGGUGGAGUGUUUGUGAGUGACAGAGCUGCAGAGAAGUAGAAGCACCAAGGGCUGCCCAUCUGUAGAUAAGCUGUCAAAGGGAAUGUUUUAAAAUGAAGACAAAGCAGUUAGAAGUGAGCUGAGCAAUAAAAGGGUGUUCUGGGUAAACGCAACAGAAAACAGGAGACCUGGUUGCCUUAUACCUUUUCUCCAACGUGGAAUAAUGUCCCACUGCAUACCUUGUCUAUACCACAAGUGAAAGGAAAUAAAUCCUUAUCUUUCAUGCUGUGAGGCUCCUUUGAAUAUUCUGUGAUGACUGAGAAGCCUUUCUUUUUUUUCAUUUAUUUCAGCAUUUUUCUCUGGAGUAUGUUUUUUAAGAUUUUGUAAGGGUCUCUUUUCACUGUUUAAAUUAGCGCUAUUUUUCCUUUUUUAAAAAAAUGAAUCUUGUACUGUAUCUUACUAGGUCCAUAACAGAUGUUAAGAAUUGGAACUGUUUUAUUCUUAGAUUCAUGUGAUCCAAUCUGUAUAUACCCUAUAUAAACAUUUUACACAAAUCAUUUAGUUUUUUAAUUCAUUCACUAAUGCUGUACUAUUUCCUAUAUUUGCCCCCCAGAAACUUGCAUCAGAUGGUGUUUAUACUAAGCAACAUGUUUUUGAUGAGUUUCUUAUAUCCUUAUCAAAGGAGAAAUUGGGUUAGGAAAAAAUACAUAAUUAUAAAACUGAGUUUGCUCCACAUUGUUUAGCUUGGAUAUUAGUUGUAUACUAAUAUGUUGAUUAGCUGUAAAAAUACAAGGUACCUGUAUUUUUAAUCCUUUGAUUCUUUUUUUUUUUUUUGAGAAAGUUCUGAGGUCUUUCAUUGUGGUUGCAUUUUUAGAAAGGUAAAUUAGCUUUAUACACAGAGACAGUAAUCCUGAGGGAAGUGGGAGUAGACAUCCAGGAAGCCGUGUUUGCUUCACUGUUGAGUGUGACCUCAGACUAGGUAAUGCAUCAGAAUUUAUGUCCGUUUCAAGCCUGAAAUGAUUUAGGAAUGCCGCUCACUGGCCAAAUAUGAGUGUCACAGAAACUUCUCCACCCAUAUGGUAUUCUGUUAGAUUACUCAACAAAAAUCACAUAAUUGAGAACAUCUUAGAGGGCCAGAUAAAACCACCGACAUAUGGCAAGACUCUCUGAGGUUCUGAUUUUUUCUUAUUAAAUCUGCACAACUCCUGGAAUGAUGGGAAACAGCUCAAGUUUUGUUUCUGCCACGUUAGUCAUGUUUUAUCUUGUAAAAUUUUGAGUUGAACUAUUCCAUCCUAAUUUUACUGUGCCCCCACCUUUGCUGCCCUGCAGUGCUUCCCCCCCCCCCCCCCCCCCCUUUCAUUAUCUGAAAGACUGGGCAUGGGAUGGUUAGAAACAGUAAAAGUGACCUCUUUUUCUAAGGGUGACUGUCCCCUCUAAAGUUGGAAGUGGAUACCACAGAGCAUUCUACUUUUAGCCCAAAGUGGAGGCUGGGUAAAGAAACUCAUUUUACACGUGUUUCGGUAGAGGGUGUAACAGGUAAGAUGACUUGACAGGGGCACUUUUGGGGCCCACGUGCUUUGGGGCAGAGAAGGACUACAAAGUGGCUGAAGGGUUUGGUGAGCUUAGGUGGAAUGUUGAGAUUUGAAUAAACCCUGUGAAGACACCACUCAAAUAACUCGGGAGAAGGUCAUACAUUAUUCAGGUAAUUAUGACUGCAUUAUCCUGAAUCAGUGUACAUGCAUUUACAUAUAUAAUGGCUUUAAUUACCAUUUGAUUCAUAAAUAUAGCUGAGUGACAUUAGAUUUUAAUAACAAAUUAAGAUUUUUUUUAAUAACAAAAAGAAUACAUGUUGACAUGGUGGUUAAAAAAACAGGUACCAUGUUUAAUGCUUUUGCGCCUACUGUUUAACAAGUCUGUUUUUUAAUACAUGUAGAAUAUGAACCAAUUCACUCUAGUUUUUCAAAUUAUAUGUUGUGAAAAGUAUUCCUUGAAGAUGUGAGACUUAACAUUUUCCCCCCCUCUUCAGUACUGUUUUUGUUCUUGUGUUUCGUAUUUGGCUUUUUGUAUUGAUCACAAAGUGAUAAUUUACAAUACAAGCCAAAAUUGUCUUCUCUUUCAAUCCAGAACCAUAUAUAUGGGGCCUAUUGCUUCUCUGAGGAAAUGCAUAAUCCGUGCAUUCUCAGACAAAAUGGCAACUGGCCAUGCUCAUUAGAUAUUCCAAUUUUUAUUGGGAUUUUCUAUGGAAUGUUAUUACUGUAUUGAAGCCAUGUGAGGUGAAGCUUUGAUAACUUCUUACUUUUUAAAUUACGGUAAAUUCUAACCUAAUAUUCAAACACUUUUGUAUUCCACAUGAAAAAUGCUAAAUUAUACUACAGGCAUUUAGACAGUGUUGGCUGGAGGGGUUGAAUUCCUUAAGAAUUUCUUUUACAGUUUAAACCAUAAAUACUUUUCUCAGUUUAAUAUUUGUAUUAUAAGCCUACCAAAGUAAACCCUUUGGAAUUGUCUCUCUUUUUCUUCUUACUGUAAGUCAUUUACAAACUGAUUUAGUUUUCUUAGAUGACCUAAUCUGUCUCUUGAGAAAUAAAUAAAAUACUCUGUGUUUCUAGUGGCUAUACUACCUGAAAUAGGGUUUUCUAGAACCAGAAGCAAGUUAUGUUGAAAUUUACUUUGUCACAAGUUUGGGUAAUAAAAAUCUAAGAGUAUUAAAGUUUGAAGAUUGAAAUUUUCUACUGGGACCCUUGAAACUUGGAAGAAAUUCAACCAGAAUAUCUACAUUACAGUAUAAUCUUGUGUGGUAGGAAGAUGGACUCUAGUUGACUAAGAAUUCUUGUUACCUUAUACAUUUUGUGAUUCCCCCCCCCAAGCAAAGUUUUUAAUUUUCCAUGUAUUUUGAUGUGUGUAAACAUUAAUUGUAGUGUAAACUAUUAUACAACUGUCUUUGUGACUUUAUAGGCAGGCAGAUUUUGCUAUUACUAUUACAUACAAAUGAUGACAACUCAUUUAUGAUCAUACAAACAGCAUUAGUGACGUUUAAUGAUAGAAGGUUAAAGCAUUCAUUAUGGAUGUUAAUUUUGAAAAUGUAAGCUAUAUAGUAUUUCCAGGCAUCUGAGAAACUAUCUACUAAACAAUCUAAGAUUCCCACAGAGCUGUCUGGAUUAUUAAAUUGUUGAAAAUGUUGUCUUAUAUAUCAUAGAGCCAUUUUCUCAAAGUAGAAGGGGAAAGGGAAAAAUUAAUUAUACGAUUACUAGGCUUUUCUAAUGAAACAAAGCCAAGAAAAGUAUCCCUCUAUAUUUUUAGAAAGGUACUAAUGAAGUCUUUGUAGACAUACCCAAAGUUUAAGAGAAUUUCUUCAACUAUCUAAACUCUCUAGAGAUUUUUGUUCUCCCUGUUCACAACCAGUUGUAUAACAGAAAUACUCAAUACUGUUUUCCUCCCAGUGUGUGAGUAAAGAAUCAUUGAUUAUGUGACUUGUUAUAUAUUCUAUUAAACACUAAAGAAUAAAACAUUCACUCCUUUAA